UCCAAUCUACUUCUAAUAUCAUGUCAUAUCUGUUGAGUUUGAUGACUUGAAAAUUGUACUUGAAUUUGUAACCUUACAUAAUCUAGGUAGCAUCUGGACAUGCAACCCCGUAGUGAUUUUUGUUCAUUUGCCGCCAUUACCAUUAGUGGUUUUCGCUUGUAACUCUUUUAGCCACCCUUUCAUCGAAAAAUGACUGUGAACUUCCACUGUCUAGCAAUACUAACAAAUCACGAUCAGACAGUCUCUCUGAUUCUAAGGAUAGUUCCUGUCGAUAUUCCUUCUAUUACCUGUAUGGAUAAAGGCAUCGUCUAAUUUUAGAACUGUGAGGAAAUUGCCAUUCUGGAAUUUGACCGUGACAUUUACAAAAUCAAACACCAUAAACUGUUUCAUCCAAUCUACUUCCAAUAUCAUGUCAUAUCCGUUGAGUUUGAUGACUUGAAAAUUGUACUUGAAUUUGUAACCUUACAUAAUCUAGGUAGCAUCUGGACAUGCAACCCCGUAGUGAUUUUUGUUCAUUUGCCGCCAUUACCAUUAGUGGUUUUCGCUUGUAACUCUUUUAGCCACCCUUUCAUCCAAAAAUGACUGUGAACUUCCACUGUCUAGCAAUACUAUCAAAUCACGAUCAGACAGUCUCUUUGAUUCUAAGGAUAGUUCCUGCCGAUAUUCCUUCUAUUACCUGUAUGGAUAAAGUUUCUAUUGGAUUUACUUCAUCCACUAUCUCUCUUCGCUCCCUUUUCUAACAAGUCUUUGUGGCUGGAUAUUUCUUCUAGUGCCAUCGCAGUUUUUACUUUGGCAGUUGUGUCCCCGGAAAUAAUGGUCACCAUAUUUAUAGCGUGAUGCUGUUGAAUCCUGACUUCUGCUUCUCUUCCUGUUCAUUUGGACUUUCAAGUCGUCGUUCCCUUCGAACCAUCCGAUGAGUAGGUAGUUUUUUUCGUGAAGAUGGGAGUUUCUCGGCAUUUCAAUUAUGGACUAUUCCUGUAGUAAGGCUUGCUCAAAGGCUUUGAUUAAACAUGUGUGGCUUAAGCAGCUUUAUCAUAGGCUGUAACUUCGGUUUGACAAUACUGAUGAAACUGAAUAUAAAGAAUCUCUCCAAAAGCGUGGGAUUGUUUGCUGUUAUUAGAGUGCGCGAAUGCUUGAACUAUUCUUGAUAUUCUAGUACAAUACCUGUUUGUGACAAUUUGUUAACUUCUUCUAUAAAGUCCUUCCACGAUGGCCCCCCAAAUAUCCAGCAAAGCUCUUCAACGAAAUAAUCCUAUUGUAUUUCCUCGAUUUUCGCUAACCACCCUCAGUUGCAUACUUCUGCAAUUUUUCCCAGAAAAAAAGAGAUGCAACUUCAACCUCUUGUUCAUUUAGUGUGUUGUGUGCAAAAAAAAUACUUCUCGUACCUUCUAACUCAAGCGCGGGGAUUUAUUCCUUCAAGUAGGGGAAUUUCCAUCCUUGGAAGACAAAACUUUUGAGUUGAGCCAGUUCGGUUCAGUGUGGUAGACAAACCGGUUUGGUCUAGGGGUUUUCAAUGGACCCGUUCGGAUCAAACCGGUUCAGUUAAAUACUUCCACUGGACUGGUUUGGUUCAUUUCCUCCAUUGAACCAGUCCAAGUCUUUUCAUUUGAACCGAAUCCCAUAACUCUUUUAAUCCCUAAACCUGACUUCAGGGCUUUUUCAAGCUGCUCACAUGAGAAAGACAAGAGGCCUCUUCCUUCGCACGCCCCCGCUGUUGACUGCUUCGGCCCUUUUCCCAAUGGCGCCCUGUGGAGCCAUCCAUGAUUACGUUGAGCUGCUGGUGGGAUUGCCGAGUCAUUUUGACAAAAUUGUCCAUCUAUUGGCGGAUUGAUGAUUCAACUCAAAAAAAUCAUCCAUGAACUUGGUAAGUCUCUAAUGCACGUCCUUCAUGGUGGGCUUUACCGAUUCCACCUUUGACGGAUUAGGAAGGGUAUUGGUCAAGAAACCUCUGGCAGUCUACUACAUAGGGAAGGGGAGAAAAGGAAUUUCAACUGCUGGGGCUAAAAUAAUCAUUUCACCUGGACAGAUAAAGGUUAAUGUUGAUUGACUGGAUCACCCUAAUUGAUAACAUCAAAUCCUGUUUCUGCCGCUGCCGCCACAAUCGCAGAGCGGUUUCCGUCUCCAACCCUUGGAUUGAGUACGCAAGGCGACCUUGGCGUAUGUGUUGGCCGGCUCCGAUGGCUUUGAUACUAUUUUGUCAGAAGUCUCACUUUGAUACCAUUUUGUCAGAAGUCUUACUCAUGGCUUCGGACAUGAGAAAAGAAAAAGAGAGAGCAGAGAAAAGAAGAGAGAUUUUAUUAGAUAAAUUCCUUUUAUUUUUUAUGCUUUUAGAUUCAUGGAGAAGAGCCUAUCUAUCGGCUACAACUGAUGAAGACGGAUGGCAAUAGAGGUGGGAACCGCUCGGCCAUUGUGGUGGCAGCAAGGCAAAUGGGAUUUGAUGUUAUCGGUUAGGGUUGAUCCGGUCAAUGAGCCCUAACCCUAUUAUGUUCAGUGAAAUGACUAUUUUACCUCCAGUGGGUUAAAUUCCUAUUCUGCCAUUCCUUCUGUAGUUGAUUGCCAGAGGUUUCUUGACGUAUGGGUUUAUUCAAUUAAAAUUUAUAUUAGAUGUUACCCAUUGUCACUUUGGUUCACGUAGGCUGUCUUGUCAAAGAUCCAUGUCAAGCUUUAGGACAAAGACUCUAGAUUCAUCCUUCUUUUAACCCAAGAUAGCAACUAAUUACCUCUAUAGCAUUGAUAAGAAGUGCCCUUAAAGAAACACUUAUGUUUUUGUUUUUUUGUGGGUGUCACAUGGAUUUGGAUCAGGAUGGGCUCUACCGGUGUUUAAAUUCUUCGACUCAAUUACAAGCUACAAGUACCCAAAAUUCAAUAACAAGAAAGGCAGGUGGAAGAAAGGAAGCUGAGAAAGAAAUGCAGGUCAUAGUGGAUGUGAGGGAGUUCAUGAGUAGCCUUCCAAAUAUGCUUCACCUGAAAGGCAUGCGCAUAAUACCAGUCACAUUAGAAGUUGGGGACUAUAUCUUGUCGCCAUUAUUAUGUGUAGAGAGAAAAAGUAUCCAAGAUCUUUUCAGUAGCUUCACAUCUGGUCGUUUAUAUCACCAAGUUGAAAGUAUGGUGCGGUACUAUAGAAUACCUGUUCUUCUCAUAGAGUUCUCUCAAGAUAAAAGUUUUUCAUUUCAGUCAGCUAGUGACAUUGGGGAUGAUGUUACACCAAACAGUAUCAUAUCAAAGCUCUCAUUACUGGUCCUACAUUUUCCACGUUUGCGUAUAAUCUGGUCACGCAGUUUAUAUGCAACUGCUGAGAUAUUUGCUUCGCUAAAGACAAAUCAGGAUGAGCCUGAGGAGGCCAAGGCAAUUAGAGUUGGUGUCCCCUCGGAAGAGGGUAUUGUGGAAAAUGAUGUGAGAGCAGAAAACUACAAUACGUCAGCUGUUGAGUUUCUGAGAAGGCUUCCUGGUGUAACAGAUACUAACUACAGGGCUAUAAUAGAUGGCUGUAACAGCUUGGCAGAGCUUGCAGUUCUUCCCAUGGCGAAGCUAGCUGAACUGAUGGGUGGCCAGAAAGCUGCCCGGACUCUGAGAGACUUCCUUGAUGCCAAGUAUCCGACCUUGCUAUAGUCCUCCUGCUUAUUAAUCUCAGUUUGAGGCAAAUAAUUCAUCCUUUUGGAUGACAAUUUAUUACGGGGUUCAAAAUCUCAAGCAAGUUUUUGUCAGUUUAGAGUUGGGAGAUAUAUAUUUGGAUCCAUGAAUGAUUUGAUUGUAAUUUGUAUUUUUCGGAUCAGGUUGGAAAGAUGACUUGAAUUUCAGUCAUCAUCUCCAUUUAGGGUGUCUCAUGUCAUAUCUUGAAUUGAGUAAUCAUCCCCUAGGUGAAUUACUGUGUUGACCUUGUAAUUUGUAUAUUGAACACAUUGGUUUUUUGCCAUUUAAUUAGCUGGUCAUUUUAUUGUAAAUAUGUAACUGGAUGGAAGAUGUUAUUCAUAAUAUGUCAGAUAUGCAUACUUAAUCAGUAUA